UAUGUUUUCUGUCAACAUUGUACGUGGUUUUAUCUCUAAAACAGGGCAGGGAGUUUUGGAAGAAUGCUUUCGCUAGCAAGCCGAGAUUGUUAGCUAGCUGGUAAAACAAACGAAUGCAAAGUCAUUUCUUUAUAGCUGGAGGUCAAUUUUUUUUACGAAUGUCCAAUUGCAUGUGUAUUGGGCAAGAUUGCUUCUCUCCUUUGAGCCCAUUAAGUUAGCACUGAAGAAGGCGCAGUUCAUCAAGACACAAUCACAACAGCGCUGUUGGUUAGCUAGCUAGAAUCAAUAACUAAUCAAUAUGGCAAGUGUGGAGUCCUCGACAGAAUUCACUAGUUCGCUGACUGUCUCUUCUAAUCUUCCGCCACCACGGACACGGAUUUUCAAGAUCAUCGUGAUUGGGGAUUCCGGGGUCGGCAAGACCUGCCUGACCUACCGAUUCUGUGCGGGCAAGUUUCCGGAGAAAACCGAGGCCACAAUCGGGGUGGACUUUCGAGAGAAACUUAUCGAUAUUGAUGGCGAGACAAUCAAGGUCCAGCUCUGGGACACGGCGGGUCAGGAGCGUUUCCGCAAGAGCAUGGUACAGCACUACUAUCGCAACGUCCACGCUGUGGUGUUCGUGUACGACGUCACCAGCGCCGCCAGCUUCCGGAGCCUGCCCGCCUGGAUCGAGGAGUGUAAGCAGCACGCCCUUGGCCAGGAGGUGCCGAGGAUUCUGGUAGGGAACAAGUGCGACCUGCUGAACUCUGUCCAGGUGGGCACGGACCUGGCGCAGCAGUUUGCCGACGCCCACUCCAUGCCCCUGUUCGAGACGUCCGCCAAAAACCCCGGCAGCGGGGACGGAGGGAGUCGUGGGAGCAGUGAUCAUGUGGAGGCAAUAUUCAUGACGGUGGCCCACAAGCUGAAGUCCCAGAAGCCCUUGAUACUGAGCCAGCCACCCGGGGGGGUGUUGGCGGGGGACACUGUGACCCUGAGGAGGGGGAGGAAUGACAGCGAGGAGAAGGAGAGCUGGGCCUGCAGCUGCUGAGAGAGAAACGCUGAGAGAGAUUGAGAGCAUUCGAGGAAGCAUUCGAGGAAGCAUUCGAGGAAGCAUUCGAGGGAGUUUGGAGAGAAAGAAAUGGGAAGGGCGGAUUCCUCUGCCUUCUAGAUUCUCCCCAACAGUCAAGAGACAUUUUAUUAUUUAAGUGGAUGUCUGUUCACCUGAGGAAUGGGGCGGUGGCAUCAUAUAUCAAGAAGGCUCAGGAGUUUUCAAUGUUGAUCAACAAAACACACACACAUUUAUGUUGUACCCCGCUGAGGGUAAGGGAAUUGGUUUGAAUUGAAUCCUGUUGCCUGGUCCCACUGGACUAUCUUGGUGAUAAAAUACUGUGAGUUUGCCAGACUGAAGUACAACCUUCUCAAUAUACGUGUAGGAAUUUCACACACACACACACACACACACAUACCUCUUAUAGUUUACAGCAGGCAUUAUCUGUUUACAUCACUCAGGCUUUUCUGUACCAAAAAUGCCAAUUCAUUGCAUUUACAACAGGGCCCCGGGUUGACAUCUACAUGCAUAAAAUAGUUUUCUCAAGCAAAGCUUUGGCCUUUGCAGCAUGUCUUCGUCACAUCCCAUACAGUAAUUAUUACAAUAAACAAAAAGACAGCUUAUCUUAAAGUACAUUUCUAAGUAACACAAAUAUUCAGUACCCACUUGACUGUUUUCUACCCUACUGUGUUGUCAUGCCGAAUGCCUUUACUAUUGUCACCGUUGCUGUGUGUGUGUGUGUCUGGAUCACAGCCGGUCCUGUGCUCCAUGGCUCUGCGUGUCUGAGAUUGAUGUGAUGUGAUUUCCGUGAAACGUUGUGUGGUCAGUGAGACAGUAUGUGAUGCUAAGUUCGGUGCCACUCCUCCCGAAGAGGUCAUUGUCGAUGUGUGGUGACGUGUCAUUUCCUCUUCAUACUCCACCAUGGUACAGUAAUAGUAAGGACUGCGCUCAAUGCAUGAAUGUCUGUUUCCUACAAUAAGCUCGUAAUGUAGUGGUGAGAAGAAUAUCACCUGUGUAAUUGCCUGUGAACGUUAGCUAACAGAUCUGCUUUUUUUUUUUUUUUUUUUAAACAUGGAACAGUUGCAAAGGAAAGCCAACCGUGAAAACACCUGACUGAUUAUGUACUGUAUGACGUUAGAUCACCAGUAGGUCUUGUCAUUAAAUGACAGUGUCCAGCCCCUAGGACACAAACAACAGAGUUAUAAAACUUCUGUCAGUGGAGCAAUUAGUUGCUCUUAUGUGCUGUUGGUUGAAAUUAGAGAGCGCCUUUCCUCAGGACACAGUUAGAACUACAUGGUUAAUAUUCACUUUGUGACCAACUGCUUUUACUGGUCUACCAAACUAGAUAAGAACAUUGUUUUGCUUUACCACUUGCCUUGUUUUGCCCACUUGCCUUCGUUAUGCUUUAAUUUUAUGGACACAAGUCAGUUUUUCUUUCAGUGUUCUGUACUGGUCAUAACUUUGUACUGGUUUAUUCCCAGUCAUUUCAAUAUAUUUGAUUCUUAGUUUCAUUUCUGUUUGGGCUAUUUAAGAGGUAUAUCUGCUGUUAAUUGCUUUGAGUGCCCUAAUAAUUGUUUUAGAACGAUGCAAGUUUUGCAGCAAGAGACACCUGAGAAAUAAAAUACUUGGAAUAAAAGGGAGUAAAGCCUGGCAAUGAUUUGAGGAUUACAUUAGUGUGUUACCUUGCAAUAAACCACCUUGAACAUUUUA